CACUCCUUUGUUCCAGUACAAUCCCGCUCAUGUCGUUCGGCAUUGCGUUUGACAUUGACGGCGUGCUGUUCCAGGCGGGCGCUGGGGCGUAUGUGCCGCUGCCUGGCGCACGCGACGUGCUGCUUGCACUGAACGAGCCCGCGCCGCCGCACCGGAUCACCGUCCCACACGUCUACUUGACAAACGGCACGGGCACGACCGAGGCGGGCAAGGCAGAGCAGCUGCGCAAGACGCUCAACCUCCCGUUCGAGUUGCCACCGCACCAGGUGGUCUUGGCCAGCUCGCCGCUCUGCGAACUGCCAGCGAUCUGGGCUGCUUCAAGGCGACCCGACGGGACAGCUGCAACAGCCACAUCGUCCAUUCCAUCUGCUGGUUCAGAGCACGACGAGGACAAGAAGAAGAAGAAGCAGCCGCGCGUGCUCGUUCUUUCGCACUCACACGACAAUGCAGUCAUGCUGGCUCGCUCGUCCGGGUUUACCAACAUUGCGACAGUCCAGGAGUUCCUGCAAAAGUACCCAUUCUUGGUUCCCGUGAAGGGCAAGGCGCCUGGUGCGACGAGCGCGACGCUGACGACCGACGAGCUGGCUGCGCGGCAGAAGGCGCUGGAGUUGGAAGAGCCCUUCCACAGCGUGCUGCUGUACCAGUCACCAGAGGACUGGGAGUCGGCUCUGCAGAUUUGCACCGAUGUGCUUCGGUCGCGGGAUGGUCGGAUUGCCGGUCGCCACAACGAUCUGCUCCCGAACGAACCGCAAUUUGUGGAGUUGCACUCGGGCAAUCCAGACUUUGACUAUGGUGCCCUGCAUGCGACGCCACGCAUUACCCUUGGUGCGUUUCGUCGCUGUCUCGAGAUGGUCUUCCUCGAGUCGACCGGCAGAACGCUGGUCAGCUCGUUGUACGGCAAACCGUACCCCAGUGUGUACGACUAUGCGCGACGCCUGCUUGAAGCCCAAGCUGCCGAUAUUGCACAGCGAAGCGCCUCCGAGGGUGGUGCAACCCCCGCCGGCGCCUCCUCCGGCGACGCUCGCAUUGCGCGAGUGUACGCCGUUGGCGACAACCCAUUGUCCGAUAUCAAGGGCGCCAACACUGCGGGCUGGCACAGCAUCCUCGUGCGUACAGGCUGUUUCACGGGUCCAGGCAACCACGACGAGCACCCCGCAACCCAUGUCUGUCACGGCGUGAAGGAGGCCUUGGAUUGGAUUCUUUCGCAAGAGCGCGCGCAAACACAACAAUGAUUCUGGGCUUUUUCAAUUGUUGGAUGUGGUUGACUUUGAGCUGGGUUUUGUCAAAGAGGGACUCGCAGCCACAACAUGCGUCUGAGCUGCGUGAGCUGAGCGAGGUGCCUGUUCUUCGUUUUUCGUUCGUUUUUUUUCUGUGUUCUGCUCGCGCUGCCGCACAUCGCCUUUUGACUGGUGUUCGGUUCCUACGUUGCUCUUUUGCUUGUCUGCUGCUUCGUCACAAUUGCGAUGCCAUUUUUGCCUUGACUUCCUUUUUUCUUUUUUUUUUCUUUUUUUUUUUUUUCCC